CCAUUGCGGCUUUGCUCUUCUCACUGCUUACAGCACCUAAUUUUGAGGCUUCCUCAGCCUCCAUUUUCGAUCUCGACAAGGUCUCCGUCUACUCCGCCUCUUCUACUUGCGGCAACCAAGGCAUCCAGGGAAAUCAGAGGGAAAAAAGGCUGACAACCAUGGUGGUCGCUAGUAGUAAUCCUCAUAAUAGGGAAAUGAGCAUCAGGAGGAGAAUCAGUGAGAUUUUCAACAAACGAGAGGAGGAUUUUGCAUCCUUACGCGAAUACAACGAUUACUUGGAAGAAGUGGAGGAUAUGGUAUUUAACUUGAUAGAAGGAAUAGAUGUUGAAGCUAUUGAAGAGAAAAUUAAGGAUUAUUCUCAAGAGAAUGCCGAGCAAAUAAUGAUUAAUCGAGCUCGAAAGGCUGAAGAAUUAGCUGCAGCCAUGGCAGCAAGCAAAGCAUGUCCUGUACAAGCAGAUAACGACGGGGGUGCAAACCAGACCUCCCAGGCUGGGUUUAAUUCUGGUAUGCAAGGUCAAUAUGCCCCUACAGUUCCUGGAGGACAGCCCCGGCCAACAGGCAUGGGCCCUCAACCCUUGCCGCUUGGAGGUGGACUGGAUCACCAAGGUAAUUAUGCUAUUGAUGAUGAGGAAAUGAUGAGGCUUCGAGCAGAGAGGGGUGGACGGGCAGGGGGAUGGACAGCAGAGUUAAGCAAGAGGAGAGCACUCGAAGAAGCAUUUGGGAGCAUUUGGAUUUGACUUAUGGGUUAGAUGCCUGUGAUUUUACUGUCAAAAUUCUUGGAAAUGUUGUUCCUUGCUGGAGGAAAAAUUAUUACUUCCUAUCAAAUUUAACGCUAUUUAUAGUUCCAACACUUUGGAGUAUAGAAAUGUAUUUUUAUUUAUAGUGAAUUGUUUAUAGAUAUUAGGUCGCCAAAACUGAUUUUUACGUGAUGUAAAUGAUAAGAACUGUUAAGUUUUGUAGAAUUAUAAUUUAUCGAGUGUCAUUGAACUUCUGUUCUUUA